AUGGUGGUCUCCAGUACAAAUCCCCACAACAAGGAGAUAGCCAUCAGGAGGAGGAUUUCUAGCAUAUUUAAUAAACGUGAAGACGAUUUCUCAUCUCUGAGAGAAUAUAAUGAUUACUUGGAGGAAGUAGAGGACAUGACAUUUAACUUGAUUGAUGGAAUAGAUGUUUCGGCUAUUGAAGAAAAAAUUGCUAAAUACCAGGAAGAAAAUGCAGAACAAAUAAUGAUUAAUCGAGCUCGGAAGGCUGAAGAGUUGGCUGCAGCUCUGGCAGCAAGUAAGGGACAACCUGCACUAACUGAUAAUGAUGGGGCCACAAACCCAAAUUCUCAAGCAGGAUUUGGUGCUGUUCCUCAGGGACAGUAUGCACCUACAUUUGGAGGACAGCCAAGACCCACAGGUAUGGCUCCACAGCCUUUACCACUUGGAGGGGGUGACAUGCUGGGCUUUGCAGGUGAUGAUAAGGAAUCAAAGAGGCUACGAGAGGAGAGAGAAGCGAGGGCUGGGGGAUGGAGUACAGAAAUUAGUAGGAAAAGGGCACAUGAAGAAGCCUUUGGAAGCCUGUGGGUUUGCUGA